UAACCAAAACAUGUCCAUGAACGAUCCUGCCGUGCUUCCAACUCAACAAACUCGUGCAGGAUUUGAUAACAGAAGUGAAGAUAAAUGCUGGAACCUGGAGGUUGAUCUGAUGAGAGUGUUGAAGAGGAAAGCGUCCGGAUUUGGGACGGAGAGGAAUAUCUUGUGCGUAUAGGCAAUGGAGCAGCCGGCAUUGCAAGCCAGAGUCAGGAGCUUUGUGAGGAGGGAGCGACUACUGCCACAUCCUAAUGUGAUUAUGUGGGCGUGAGCCUGCUGGAGAGGUUUCAGUCGCGGCCCAGCUCGAAGGAGGUAAGUGUAGACUGG